AUGCCGUGUCAGAGAACCUCUUGGAAUGUGGUUUAUCUUAUGGGAAUUUUUUCGUUGAUUCAAAAUACACAGUAUUCGAUUUAUUUGACAACAAUGUUUGCGUAUAUGAAAAAGGUUCGAGUUUUUUUUAUCUAGAGUAAAUUAAUUAAUAAGUUUAUUUAAUUUCAGUUAAAUUCAUCUGCAACUGAAGUUGAUUAUGGUUUAAUUGUUGCAACUUCAUCAUUUGGUCAUUGUAUUGGUUGUUUUUUAUUAGGAUAUUGGAAUAGUCGAACAGGAAAAUCAGCAAAUUCAAUGUACUGUGGAUUUUUUCUAAUGCUAUUAUCUAAUUUAGUUUAUCUUAUAAUUGAUUUUAUACCUCCUGAGAUGGUUAUUUCAACAAUGAUGAUUUCUCGUCUUCUUGGAGGUUUUGGAAUGGGAAAUUCAAGUCCAAUGAGAACUUGUGCAUCUCUUCAUUCAACUUCUUCUGAUAGAUCAAAAGCUAUGGCUUCGAUUUCUGGUGGAAGAUCUGUUGGUACUGUAGUUGGUCCAGGUCUUCAACUAUUAUUUAUUCCACUUGGUGAAAUUGGAUUCAAUAUUUUACCUGGAUUAUUUAUUCAUUCAAAUAAUGCGCCAGCUUAUUUAGGAAUUGUUUUGACUAUUCUUGGAAUUCUUCUUUUAACCUUUAUGUUUGAUGAGAAUGAUCUAUCUGAAGAUUCGGACAAGGUUGCAAUUGCAGAUUUCUAUUACAAAAGUGUGAAGGUAAUUUGUAAAAACAAUAGGAAUUAUGAAAAGUACACACAAAUCUGUUUCAGCUAACUUAUCCAAAUCCCGACAAAACAGCGAUGUUCAUUUGUAUGCUCACUAGAUUUAUUCAAAAUUUCAUGCAAAUUGCAAUCGAAACUCUUGCACUUCCACUUGUUAUGAUGAUGUUUUUCCAAUCGAGUCAAGAAGCAGUUGCAAGUAUGGCAACAACUUAUUUGACAACUGGGUUAAUAGCUACAAUUUUGUACCUAGCUAUUAUUUUCACCAGUUUGUCCAAGUAGUAAGUUACAAAUUUAUGUGCGUGUGUUUUCAAACCAAUGUUUUUCAGUGUUCGUGAAAAGAUUUUUAACUGUGGCGUAUUGCUACUUUUCAUUGUUCAUUUACUAAUUACAUAUCCGUGGCAAUUUUAUUCUACAAAAGUUAUUGAUUUUCCAAAUAAUAAUGGAACUUCAACAUGUGAAGAAUUCAGCUGGUGUGAAACAAUUACCAUUCCACCCGAGAUGGUUAGUUUUUAUUUUUCUCUUCAAGAGCUAAAUAUGUGGUCAUCUAAAUAUUUUCAGUUAUUUUAUAUCGGGUAUAUUUUAUCUUUUGGAUUGUUUAUGCCAUUUAUCAAUGUCGCGAACGCGACUCUUUAUUCGAAACUUUUGAACCCGGAUAAUCAAGGAACUCAUCAAAGUUUAUAUGAUAUUUCAAAUACAAUGGCUAGAAUAUUUGCUCCUUUAAUUAUAACAAAGAUUUAUUCGGAUUUUGGACCAAGACGAGUUUGGGAAUUUAUGUCAUUAAUUUUGGCAUUGACUGCCUCGUUAUGGAUUAUUUUUGAUAGACGAUUAGUUCCAAUUAAAGCGAUCGAAGGAAAAGAAAUAUUCGAGGAUAAUUCGGGUUUUGAAAAUCAGCAGAAAAAACUGGUGGUUUAG